AUGAACUUUAGACAUCAGUUUGUCAGCUGUGCUGAGGAUGGCUUGGAGGAUCGAGGGAGGCUGAUCAGAAAGCUACUGGAGCAGCAGCAGAAAAGAGAGCAAGAGCUGGUCAUUCCUAGUGGGCUCCAACACCUAAGGGACAAAGAUGGAGACUUUGUUAGCAGCUCAUCUCUACCCCCAACCAACAAGGCAGAGCUCUCUAAGAGCAAGGCCCUGGUGAAGACUGUCACAGGAUCUCUUAGGCCACUUGCCCUCACCCUGACGCUCCUCAUGGCCACGGCUGCUCUCCCUAUCCCAGAGUCCUUGGGGGACGGAUUUCCAGGGGUUGAUGUCCCAAGUAAAUCACCAUCCAGCAAUCCUGACCUUGACACAAAUGUGAACUUUGCAAGGCAGCUUCGGUGGACAGCUUAUGACCUGAAAGAGCAGAUGUGCCAGACCCAGAACUUGUGUGAUAAUAGCAAUGAGGCACUAGCUGAAAACAACCUGAACCUUCCCAACAUUACAGAACGAGAUGGAUGCUUCCCUUCUGGAUUCAAUGAGGAGGCAUGCUUGAUAAAGAUUGUCAGUGGUCUUCAGGAGUUUGACACAUAUCUUCAGUACAUGGAAAAUGAGAUGAAGGAUAAGAGGUUUCAAAUCCUAAAACUGAGUACAGCUCAGCUAGCCCACACUCUGAAGCUCUUGAUAAAAAAGGCAGACAUAGUGCCCACCCCCAACCCAACGGCCUCCAAAAACCUGCUUUCUGAACUGCAGUCCCUGAAAGCCUGGUCCAAGAACGUGUGUCUCCAUCUCAUCUUGUUGAACUACACCCGCUUCAUAGAGGGCACCAUUCGGGCCGUUCGCUUUCUGAACAACAGGAGUCUCGAUGCCUGAACGUUUUAGUUCAUGCCCGUUCCUUCCUUCAUUGAAAAAAAUCUGUCCAGUGGGCAGAUGGUCAUGUUGUUCUUUAUGAAGAACCAAAAAAGUAUGAGCAGUGAGGUACUGCUUUUAAUUAUUUUAAAUUAAUUUAUUUGUAUUUAAGUGAUAUUUAUUCCCCAUAAAGUAAUAUUAAUUUAUAUAUUUUAAAACACUUAAAAUAUUUUCUAUUUUGUUUAUAUAUUAUUCUAAUUAGGAGAGGAACUGCUGUUCUUGUUCCCUGGGCUCAGACCCAGGAGAUCCCUUUUAAAAGAUGAGUAGGCUUUACCUCCAGUGAUCUGCUAAUUAGAGGGCUGGCUUCAGAAAGCCUGGGUUCAAGUCUCUCCUCUGAUACACACUGACUGGGUGACCCUGGGCAAGUCAUUAAGUUCUCAAUGGCUCACAAAACUGUUUAAAACAAAUUAUAGAAAUAGUGGCGACCUGCACUGGUAAAAGGAAUUUCCUUAUGCUCAAACCAAUGAAAUCACAGGUCUAGUCUC